AUGACCAAUGCAAUUGAUGCACUAUGGAAAAGGUUCAGGUCAUUAGAUGUGGCAGGAAAGAGAGCACUAAAAAGUAGGGUGUGUGAAAUUGCUUACCCUACUACAACAAAGAUGGUAUCGCCGCCUGAAAAAAUAAAGACCAAAGGAGGAGUGAAGAGAAAAGGGAAGAAACUUAUAGGAUAUGACAUUUAUCGUGAUUUUUCAUAUCAUGAGUAUGUUGAUCAAGCACAUAGUAGAUCUUAA